AUGCAGUUGGAAAAAGUUGAUCACUGCUUUCCACAACUCAACUUCUCCUGCAGGAAGCCAGAGCCUCCUCACUCUGGCGCUGUACUUAUUUAUAUUCUGCUGGCCUUCAUCUCUCUGCUCACUGCAGUUCUCAACCUGCUGGUCAUCAUAUCUAUCUCACACUUCAGGCAGCUCCACACCCCCACCAACCUCCUCCUCCUCUCUCUGGCUGUCUCAGAUUUUCUUGUGGGCCUCGUGGUUAUGCCAGUAGAAAUCCUCCUGACAAAGACCUGCUGGAUCCUGGGUGACCUCAUGUGUGUGCUGUAUUACAUGUUACCUGGUAUCUUAAUUACUGCCUCCACAGGAAACAUUGUGCUCAUUUCUGUUGACCGCUAUGUGGCAAUUUGUGACCCACUUCAUUACCCCACCAAGAUCACUCUAAAAGUUGCUACAAUAUGUCUUUUACUGUGUUGGAUUUAUUCUUUUGUCUAUAUCAUUAUUAUUAUGAAUGAUAACCUGAAGCAGCCAGGCAGGUAUAUUUCCUGCUAUGGAGAGUGUGUGGUCAACAUUACAGGAGCUGCUGAUAUUGCGGUCAGCUUCGUUAUUCCCAUUACUGUCAUCAUUGUUUUGUACAUGAGAGUAUUCGUAGUGGCUUUGUCUCAAGCACGAGCAAUGAGGUCCCACAUUGCAACUGUCUCACUCAAGCAUUCCAAGAUUGUUAAAGUUAAGAAAUCUGAGAUUAAAGCUGCCAGGACGCUUGGUGUUCUCGUAGUUGUGUAUUUGAUGUGUUACUGUCCUUAUUACUGCGUCAGUCUCUCAGGCCAAAAUAUCUUGCUAGGAUCAAUUGAGGGCUUUAUGAUUUUUCUGAUUUAUUUUAAUUCCUGCCUAAACCCAAUCAUCUAUGCUCUUUUCUACCCCUGGUUUAAAAAAACUAUUAGACUUAUUGUUACAUUUCAGAUACUGCAGCCUGGCUCCUGUGAGGCCCAGAUACUGUAA